UCUAAAAGUUUUCCCUGAUCUGGAACAGGCUGGCUAUAUUUUUUUGCUGAGAGAGGCAAAGCUUUUGUUGGUUAGGACGCGUUUCACAUCAAAGACCUCGUCUUUGACGAGAUAUUUGCCUUUUUUCAAGCAAGAAGCUCAAAAAUGAAGUAUAUUGUGGAGGAACCUAAUGGAACACUCCACGAAAUAACAGUGCCUAAGAAUGCCGCGGGUCAAAUUUGCUACGAAAAGUUAUGUACGAAACUGGGAAUCGUUGAACAACACUAUUUUGGCUUGACUCGCUCAAUAAAUCACGAAACGAAGGCAUGGCUGAAUUUACGAAACCCUUUGAUGGCGCAACUUCGUCCGCACAUAACCGGCAAACCACACCGUUUACGAUUAGAUGUGAAGUUCUACGUUUUACCUCAGGAAAUACAACACGAAAGGACAAGACACUUCUUCUACCAUGCGUUAAAACGAAAUUUAAGGGAAGAUAAAUUCAUUUUAAGUCAAAAUCAACUGACGAAAUUACAUGCGUUGAUACGGCAAGCCGAGCGAGGGGACCUCGACACAGACGAAUUUUGUUAUCAGACGUCUAGAACUUCUAACGCCUGGGAAAAGGACAUAAUUCAAGAACACAAAAAUCUCAAAGGCACCACGGAAAGCGUUGCUAAGUUGAAGUUUAUAUCGAUUCUGGCGGAGACAGAGUUUUACUUCUGCGAGUGGUUCAAAGUGAAGCUUGCCGGGGAGAAAUUACUGGCUGCAGUUGGAGCGACCGGUUUGACUCUCAUAAAUCGACGAAGUCCGCACAGCUCGAAAGAGAUUGUUUCAUAUCUGGACAUCUCAAAGAUCAGUCUCUUUGAAGAACGCAUGAUCCUGGUAAUCAAACGACCAGUUGCCACCUACAGGUUUCUACACUUCUUUCAUCCGAGCUGUGAGAGUGCCAAAGUCAUGCACAAGUGUGUUUUAGAAAAAAAACUGUUCUAUUUUGAACCUAAGAUUUUAGAUUCUGUUCGGAAUCAUUACAUGCUGGCAUUCCCAUGUUGGGCAUACCCUUCCAAGUGGCUUGCAAGGCGUACAGUCCCUGAGUUGUACCAUUUAGAUGUCCGUUGCACAAGACGGCAAGCUUAUGAGGAACAUUAUAAUGCUAUUCAUGGUGAUGAAGAGUUAACAAAGCCAGAAAUUGUCGAUGAUAUGGAAAUUAACAAAUAUUCUGACGAGGAAUGUGAGGAUGCUAACAGCUGCAAUGAACUUGACAAUAGUUGUGUAAUGCCUGUGUGCACUGUAUGUCAUGUAGCUGAAAACAUGGUUGCCUAUAGCCCCUGUGGACAUGUGGAAUGUUGUAUGACAUGUGCAAGGGGUAAGGUCACUUGCAGUGUAUGUGAUGUGCCUGUUGCCAACAUGCUCAAGACUUAUAUUGCCACGGAUGGUUUCUCUGAUGAGCUUCUAUGUCAAAUAUGUAUGGAUAAUGAACUUUGCACUGUGUUUUCCCCAUGUGGACAUAUGUACUGUUGUACUGAGUGUGCAUCGAAAUUGAACUUUUGUCCGUUGUGCAAGAGUUGGAUCAUGUUCACACAACGCAUACAAUUCCUCUGUGUUGAUGUGCCAAAAACAAGCUAGCAUUUCUACUACAAGCUGUGUGCACUACAAGAAACUGUAGUCUACUACAUCAAAGAUGUGUGACUAAUUGUUAGAUAUUUUCACUUAAGUGAGAGAAACAAUAUAAAAUUUAUUUAUUUUUCUGAAAAAAAAAGUUAACCUAUGUAGACUAUAAGGUGUAGAAGUUGAAACAAGUAUAGGUGGCAUGAAAACCUUGUGUGAAAUUGCUACAUGGCUUUUAAUGUAUAUGUAGUUGUUAUCAUGCAUCUCUACAAUAAGCUGCUGUGGUUUUUUGUAAAAUUUUAGUAUAUUUUUUAAUGAAGUACAGGCACAAUCUAUGGGCUUAUUGUGGAAGAAUGUGUUUCCUGUAGUCUAAACCAGUUUCUAUUGGUAUUCUGUUGUGUUGUUUCAAGCCCUAUUGUACAACAACCCAGCAUAUAAUGUCUUUGUGUUCUCAGCUGUUACUAACAGUUUAAUUUGUCAUUAUAAAAAAGACAUAAUGUCUUUGAAGACAUUAAAUUUACUAGUUUAUAAUGUUUAACAUUAAGCAACAUUUCAAAUUUGCUUAAUUUAUUUUGAUAAUAUAUAUAUAAAGGGUAGAAUUGAUAUAUUGUAUAUACUAGAUGGAAAAUGAUAUAUU